AUGGUUCUUAAAUCCAAGAAAAGAGCGUCACCCAACAAAUAUUCACCUAUUUACAAAUGUACAAUCAAGGAACUUCCUACAGAAAUUCUCUUAAUGACAUUUUCAUAUCUUGAUAUUUCAACUCUCCUUUGUUUGUCAAAUGUUUGUAAACGAUUUCAAAUCAUAGGUGAAACUUGCUUAGCUGUGAAAUUUAAAGAACCAAAUGUUUCAUUAAAUUUAUUAUUUGAACAAGAGCAUAAAUGGAAUUAUCCUGUCGAUUUUUAUUUUGAUCAUUUAAAUUUAAAUAAUGGACGAUUUAUUUUUAAACCGAAAGCUAUUGAAAAAAUAAAAUUUAUACACUCAUCAAUGGUUAAGAAACCUACAUUAUAUAAAGUACAAAUUCAAAGAAAUAAAAUAAUUGAACCAUUAAUGGAAAAUUUUUUACAAAAAUCAUAUGCUUUAUCAACCAAAGAAAUUAAUACUACAAUUGAAAAAGUAGCUUCCGUUUAUCGAAUAGGUCAUGGUUCAAAUCAUUUAAAAAUUCCUUUUAAAUUUACUUAUUCUGUAACUGAUAUUCCACCACCAACUGAAAGUAUAAAUCGUGGUGGUGAACGUUGGAUAACUCCAAAAGAAUUUGAAUGUUUUCCUAGAAAAAAUGCAAUUAGAAAUUCUUUGGAAAUUGAAUUAGAUAUAGAUGGUCAAGAAAUAAUUCAUAUUAGAAGAAGAAAUAGUAUUAAUAGUAUUACACAUCUUUCUUUAUUAGAAGAAGUACAAGAUCAACAUGAAAAUACACUUAUGAUUAGAAAAAUUAUGGAUCCAAUAAAGUCAUCAAGUAAAUGGCUUUUAGGACCUAGAAGAUAA